AGCAUUUGACAAACUUUAAGACAUUUAAUAAAUAAAUACCGUUAUACGUUACUAUUGUGACUUUCUCCUCUAAUUUUUCAUUUAUUUUAAUAUGUAUACAUUUUAUUUUUCUAUUGUAGUAUACGUUAUGGUAUUGUAAAUAUACACUAUGACUGAGAUAAAAAAAAAUCGGUCAGCAAGUUCAUCAAAUAAUAAAAUAUGGUGGUUAACAUUCGGCAUUCUCUGCGGAGGAACAUUAUUGACUCGAUUUUACAAAGUUUUAGAACCUGAUCAUGUUUGUUGGGAUGAAACACAUUUUGGCAAAAUGGCGAGUUGGUAUAUAAAUCGAACAUUCUUCUUUGAUGUUCAUCCUCCGCUUGGAAAGAUGCUUAUAGCCUUGUCUGGAAAGUUGACAGGAUAUGAUGGCAAAUUUCCAUUUGAAAAACCUGGUGACAAAUAUGAUGGAGCUAGAUAUGAAGGCAUGAGAAUUUUUUGCACUACAUUAGGAGCUCUGAUAAUUCCACUUACAUUUUUAACAAUGUGGGAAAUGACUAAAUCAAUUGACUCCACUUUUAUUGGAACAUUACUGUUACUAUGUGAUGUCGGCUUUUUGACUCUUAACAGAUACAUUUUGCUUGACCCAAUUCUGUUAUUUUUUAUGAGCUGUUCAAUUUAUGGUGUCUUUAAGGUUCGAUCGCUUACUGAUUCUGGUCUUGAGCCAUUUUCCACAAGAAUGUUAUGUUGGCAGUUAUACUUGGGCGCUUCACUUGCUUGUACAAUGUCUGUUAAAUUUGUCGGUCUGUUUGUUGUUCUUUUCGUCGGUCUUCGAACUAUUGCCGAUUUGUGGAAUGUGCUAGGUGACCUAUCAAAGCCUGUGAGUUUGACGAUAAAGCAUCUCAUCGGAAGAAGCAUUACUCUCAUAUUGUGGCCAAUCGUACUGUAUGUUUUCUUUUUCUGGAUUCAUCUAACAGUUCUCAGUAAAAGUGGCAACGGAGAUGGCUUCUACUCGUCUGGUUUCCAAGCACGCUUGGAAGGUAACAGCCUUCACAAUGCUAGCGCACCUCGAGUUCUCGCGUAUGGUGCUAUCAUCACCUUAAAGAACCAUCGAACAGGUGGAGGGUAUUUACACUCUCACCACCAUUUGUACCCAGCCGGAGUAGGAGCGAGACAGCAGCAGAUAACGACGUACACGCACAAGGACGACAACAACCGCUGGCAGGUGCGCGCGUGGGGCGGCGCGGCGGGCGCGGGGGGCGCGGGCGGCGCGGCGCGCGUGCGCAGCGGCGACCUGCUGCGCCUCACGCACGCGGCCAGCGCGCGCAACCUGCACUCGCACCGCGAGCGCGCGCCGCUGUCGCCCAAGCUGCUGCAGGUCACCGGCUACGGGGAGGACGGCGUCGGCGACGCAAACGACGUGUGGAAGGUUAUCAUAUCCGGUGGCAAAGAUGGAGACGAAAUUCAAACCGUUCGCAGCAAAAUUAUGUUCGUGCACUACUUGCAGGCGUGCGCUUUAACGACGACCGGCAAACAACUGCCGAAGUGGGGCUUCGAGCAGCAAGAGGUCGCAUGUAAUCCCAAUUUGCGAGACAAGAACGCGCUUUGGAACGUCGAGGACAACAUAUUCGAUCAGUUACCAAAGAUGAGUUUUGAAGUUUAUGCAUCGGGUUUUCUGGAACGCUUGUUCGAGUCUCAUGCAGUGAUGCUGCAGGGAAACGCUGGCCUUAAACCUAAAGAGGGAGAAGUAACCUCGCAACCCUGGCAGUGGCCCAUCAACUAUAGAGGUCAGUUUUUUUCAGGAAGUGCUCACAGAAUAUACCUACUCGGCAAUCCAGUUGUAUGGUGGGCUAAUCUAGCAUUUCUCGUCAUAUUUUUUAUUGUAUUCAUUUACAAUUCAGUGAGGGAAAAACGAGCAAAAGCGUUUGGGAAAAAAAUACAAGAAACCGGCGACGGCGACGGCGACGGCGACGGCUCGCUGCUGAACGCGGCGGGCUGGAGCUGCGCGGGCUGGGCGCUGCACUACGUGCCGUUCUGGGCCAUGGGCCGCGUGCUUUACUUCCACCACUACUUCCCCGCGCUCGUGUUCAGCUCCAUGCUCACCGGUAUUCUGACAGUGUAUUUACUGAGAAACCUAAGACGUUACUUGAGCCAGGAGUUGGGCAAAACGGCAUACCAGUGUGCCAUGGGUCUAGUGAUAUCCACUGCCGUAUAUAGUUUCUACUUGUUUUCGCCCCUCGCUUACGGAAUGAACGGGCCUUUGUCCAAUGAGCCCAACUCAACGAUGGCUGGACUAAAAUGGCUGGAGUCAUGGGAAUUUUAAAUUAGAAAUAGUAAUAAAUAUU